AUGCAAGUUAUAUGUGCACUGCGAUGGGGUAGUUUUAUUGCAUUGGGUGUUGAACGAAAUAACGCGUACGCUAUUCUGCUCUUGCCGUCCCAAUGGAGCCGCCCUGGGGAAGUAGGGGAUCUGACAGGAGCUUAUCAGUAUCGUUUUUGCGACAGGGAACGCAGUCGGCGCGCCUCUUGGGGGAUACUGGCUGAUACGAUUGGUUGGCGCUGGGCAUUCCUUUUACAAGUCCCUAUUGCGCUCAUUGCCAUUGUUUCUGUCUCCUUGGCUCCAAGAUACCUUUACCCUCUGAUACAUGAUGAUUCAAGCUUGAAAAGCAAGAUUCGACGUGUCGAUUUCCUCGGGUCAUUCACUCUCGUCCUGACGGUGUUCCUCCUCCUUGGGCUCGAUAACGGAGGAAACGUCUCCUGGUCAGCACCGCUUACCAUCAGCCCUCUUACCAGCUCUGCAUUGUUCUCUAUUCUGUUCCCCAUCACAGAGCACACUGCACGCGAGCCCCCUGCACCAACACAAGUCAUCCUUUCCCGUGCGCUCACCUCAUCGUACCUCGUCAACUUCUUUGGAGUGGCGGUGAAUAUGCAUAUGUUAUUCCACCUCUCGUUAUACUUUCAGGCCAUGUGCGGAUUCUCAGCGAGCCGGGUAGGGCUGUGGUUCAUCCCGAGCGUCAUAGGUGGUGUAGCAGGGAGUCUCAUUGGUGGUCUGAUUAUGCAGGCGACAGGGAAGUUUUAUUGGGUUACGGUGGCUGGGUACCUCUUACUCCUUGCUGGGGCCGUGCCCGUGGUGCUCAUGAGUGGGGUGGUUGUGACCUCCUCAGCGGGCUUGGUACUGGGUCUAGUGAUAGCAAGCAUAGGCAAUGGGGGUGGUAUAACUACUUCUCUCAUCUCUCUCAUUGCAAAUACGGGUCAUGCAGAUCAGGCGGUCGCUACAGCAGUAUCCUAUCUAUUCCGUUCCCUCGGUUCUGUUGUAGGUCUCUCAGUCAGAAGUACGCUGGUUCAAGGAACACUGCAUACUGUGCUCAAGCGGGAACUGGCUGGGGAAGAUGUCGAUGUCGAUGAACUUGUCCGCCAAGUGAGGCAUUCCCUUGACAGUAUCACCACGCUUCCACGAAGUCUUCGUGUGAUUAUGAGGCACGCGUACGGGGAGGCGGUACACAUCGUAUUUUGGUUUACUGUGGCCCUUGCAGGGGUAACGGUGGUAGCAGCGGUUUGAAUUAAGGAAACGCCGUUGACACCAAAGGUACAGGAUAAUGAAAGGGAGAGGAGAGAAGAGUGAUUAUAUGAAUUAAAUCCACGAAUAGAUUAUACGUUAUUUGUUGUAAGUCAUGUUGCUCGCUAAGUGUUAGUUAAACUUCCAGACUGAACGUUUAAAC